UAGCCGCCAUCCGUCACUAGUGGAUCUAGAACCCACCCUUCCUUUGAUCGAACCGUGCCCAGGAAGGGUGACACUAAAUAGCGAGCUUGAUACGAUACGAUACUCCACCACACCAUGUUGCCCACACGUAACUAGUUAAUUUCACCUACAGCUGUACUAGUCUCAUAAUCCCUUCUCGAACAUUCUACAUGGAGGACCGCCACAAUCAACCGCCGCCGGCCGAAGAGAAUGAUGACAGCAGUUCCAGAGAAGAUGUCGGAAAGAUGCUUUACGGAUGUGAACAUUAUCGACGACGGUGUAAACUACGAGCCCCUUGUUGCAAUGAAAUUUUCACUUGCCGUCACUGCCACAACGAUGCCAAGAGCGCUUUGAGCAAUCCCAAGGAACGUCACGAACUUGUGCGCCACGAUGUUAAGCAAGUUGUAUGUGCUGUAUGCGACACUGAACAACAGGUUGCUGGGAUCUGUUCAGAGUGUGGUGUCAAAUUCGGGGAGUACUAUUGUGAAAUUUGUAGAUUUUACGAUGACGAUGGAACGAAGAGGCAAUUUCACUGUGAUGACUGUGGAAUUUGCAGGGUGGGUGGUCGAGAGAACUACUUCCACUGUGGGAGGUGUGGAUCCUGCUAUUCAGUGGAUCUACGAGAUAAUCACUUAUGUGUGGAGAACUCAAUGAAGAACCAUUGUCCCAUCUGUUAUGAGUUUCUUUUUGACUCAGUUAAAGGCACCACAAUUAUGAAGUGUGGACAUACAAUGCAUAUGGAAUGCUACACUGAGAUGGUCCAUCAGAACCAGUAUCGCUGCCCUAUAUGCUCUAAGUCAGUUCUCAACAUGUCCAGAACUUGGGAAAGAUUAGACCUGGAGAUUGAAGCUACAGCCAUGCCUGAAGAAUAUCGUUAUGAGGUUCCAAUUCUCUGCAAUGACUGCAAUCGUACUGGUAAAGCAUUUUUUCACAUCCUUGGCCACAAAUGCAAUCAUUGUAAUUCAUAUAACACCCGCAUGAUUGGUACUGGCGAAGAUCCCCAAUGACAUGGCUUGUGCACAUUAUAUGCUCAGCUUUACUUAAGAGGUGUUAUUUUCACAUUGGAUAGGAAACUGUCUCUACCUUAUUUUAUUUCUUCCUUUUUGAUUCAUUCUUCUAGCGACCAGUGUUAACUGUAUAAAGGAAUCUGUUAUAGUCAUCGGAUGAAACCUUUUCAUUUUUCC